CUUCCAGCUAACGCAGGCGCACAGAGUGCUCCAAUAUGGCGGCCCCCGUGGAUCUGGAGUUAAAGAAGGCCUUCACAGAGCUUCAAGCCAAAGUUAUUGAUACUCAGCAGAAGGUGAAGCUUGCAGACCUACAGAUUGAACAGCUAAACAGAACGAAAAAGCAUGCGCACCUCACAGACACAGAGAUUAUGACGCUGGUAGAUGAGACCAACAUGUAUGAAGGCGUCGGAAGGAUGUUUAUUCUACAAUCCAAGGAAGUAAUUCACAACCAGCUGUUAGAAAAACAGAAAGUAGCAGAAGAAAAAAUUAAAGAACUGGAGCAGAAAAAGUCCUACCUGGAGCGGAGUGUUAAGGAAGCCGAGGACAACAUCCGAGAGAUGCUGAUGGCACGGAGGGCACAGUAGGAGCUGCUGGCAGUGUCCUCCCCUCCUGACUCCUGCUAGCCUGCCAAGGCAGGGGCUCUGCGGGGUUCGGCCCCACGGUCUCUCCAACACCUUGAGCCCCCUUCAGGCCCCACCUGAAUAUUGGCACCUCUGCCCAGGACACUGUUCUCCAGGGGGCAAGCCAGGAGCUCUCAACAGAGGGAAGUCUGGAGGGCAGAUGGAGACGGCUGCCCGAGCCUGUCAGUAGGCAUGUGGGUUAGACCAAUAAAAAGCUGCGUCUUGCUCUGUGA